CUCUCAAAACAGUUUCCGGAGGGAUCAAAUUUUUUAUCUGCAUCUAUUUGUUGCCGCCACUCUGAUUCAUGUUUAAUCAUGAACUUCGAAAAAAUGUACCCAAUGUUGUGGUUGAUCAUAACGUCAUAAGUAACUGCUUAAAAUUACAAUAAACUUUAGUUAUUAUUGGCAUGUUUUGUCGUGGUAGUUUGAUUUCCUUGAUCAAAAUAUUCCAGAAUGACAGAAUCUUCAUAUCCUGGAACGAGCGGUUGUCGUGCUAGCAGGCUUUCGUUGUCUCAAAAAUUUUGCAAUUCUGCUUCGAAACUCGAUUCAUGUAAGCCGCAAAUGCCGACGCCUAGCUUCUCAACUCAUGCAGAUAAUGAUUUGAUGCAAAUUCUAAGUCAAGAUCCGUUCAAAUUGACCGAUCGAACACUUGCGGAAGAAGACGACUUGAUCUCCCUGGCACCGGAUGCACUAACUGUUUCAUCGAAGGAUAGAGACGAUAUUCAAAAUCAGGGUAAUGUUCCAUCGCCGAUGUCGAUUGUGUCUGUUAGCAGCACAAGUGAUCGGGAAGUUAGUCCUACGCCAAAGAAGUGCACUAUUGUAGAAUUUUUUACCCCGCUGAAAUGUCGACGAAAUUCUAUGAGUACGGGGGUGGAUGUGAGCUCGCUGCAAAGUAAGAAUUCAAUACGAAAGACCUCGUCACGCAAAACGCUGCCAAAGACUCCAAAUAAGACUAGAAAAGCGCGAAAACGAAUCUGCAAUAGUACAAAUAUUAAAAUGCUCAGUAAUAAGUACUUCGAUGAAUCACAGAAGAGAAUUACUGAUAUUUUUGUUAAAAUCGAUGAGAAAAAAGAUCGAAUUGGUUAUCAUCAAGUACUCGAAAAGUCGGCCAUGCCAGCUAUCAACACUGGGGAUGAGUAUAUCGAAGGUCUGUUGGAAGUUAACUUAAGUGAAGAGUCCAGUCCGUUACGGCCCAGUCAAUUGAAAGGACCUACAAUGUGUGCAAUAACGGAUGAUCCUGAAAGCAUCAUGGAUCGAAUACAUAAGAUAGAAAGUGCGUGCUAUGAUAAAGAGAAAGAAGACUGGAAGAUGGAAGUAAUUAAUGUAGCGGUUGGUUUGGUACAAGAUCCCGACGAAGACUCUGGUAUUUCGAAUGAUGGACCUUCAACAACGGAAUGUGACACUGCUAAGCAGAAAAGGAAACCUGCUGUGCCGAUACGAAACCCUUUCGCGACGAAGAAUGUAUCAGCGCCAGCGAAGUCUGCUAACAGGAAGCAACGUAAGAUAAUUUGUCCGAAGUACAAAAUCAUUGCUGGCACAACCUUUGCAGUCGAUGGUUUCCGCUACGGGGAUAUCGAAGGGGUUACUCAUUAUUUUCUUACACAUUUCCAUGCCGAUCAUUACAUCGGUCUGAAACGAAGCUUCUCUAAACCGUUGAUCAUGUCGCCCAUCACAGCUCGAUUGGUGAAAGCUUUUAUCAAUGUCAGUGAAGAGUAUUACAUGAUAUUGAAUUUACACGAACCGUGCACAAUCGAUGGUGUUAAAAUCACAGCAUUAGAUGCCAACCAUUGUCCAGGCGCAAUUAUGUUGUUGUUUCAGUUACCAAGUGGGACCAACAUACUGCACACAGGAGAUUUCAGAGCCUCUCCGGAUAUGGAGGAGUAUCCUGAGUUUUGGAACAUGGACAUUGACAUUAUAUAUCUGGACACUACGUAUUUGUCAACAAAAUACGCAUUCAAAUCGCAGUAUGAAAGCGUUGAAGAAGCCUGUAAAAUAGUAAAAACGUUUCUGGAUCGUCAUAUUGGGAACAAAGUUCUCGUUGCUUGUGGAAGUUACGUGAUUGGAAAAGAGAAAGUAUGGGCUGAACUAGCAGCUCAGUUCAAUUUCAAAGUUUGGACGGAACCAAAUAGACGAAAGGCUUUAAACGCUAUAGGAGAUUCUUCUCAUCAACAGAAACUAGUCGAUGAUCCCAGUGUAGCCCAAAUUCAUGUACUUUCACUGAAUAAGCUAACUUAUGAUCAAUUAAUCGAGCAUGUGGAUCAAUACCCGGAUUGUUUCGACAAUGUGAUUGCUAUUCGUCCGAGUGGAUGGGAGAAAAAUAGUCGGCCACAGUACCGUGGACGGAUCAACAUCGUCGGUGUUGAAUAUUCGGAGCAUUCUAGUUAUAACGAGUUGAGACGGUUCGUGCGAUUUCUACGACCGAAGGAAGUUAUCAGCACCGUACCAUAUGGCCACAGCAAUCAAAGUCGUACUCCUCAAGUGCCCAUUAGUUGGUACUCUACAGAAAUAAGACCGGAAAAACAAACACAACAACUUCCGAUAACGUCGUUUGUCAAAGUGAUAGCGAAAAAGACUGCAGAAAAAACUAAGAUGCCAGAUGUUACGAAGAAUCAGAAUAACGCGAUACGAACAACCAACGCGAGCUCAAAACUAAAGCAGAUGAAGCCUUGUGAUGCAAAACCCUCUCCAAAACAGAAACAAGAUGAUGAUGACGAUGACGACUCGGAUUGGAUGUUAUAGGUGAUACCUCCGGAAUGUUUUAAUAUUGUCACUUGACGUGCAUGUGACUGGCACCAGCAAUGGUUGUACGUCAGUGAGAGUCCAGUUUUAGUGUACUGUAUUUACUGACGCCAUAGGUGAUUGUGAUUUUGAUAAAAAAAAUCCGACAUGGAAACUAGUGAGAAUUGUUAUAAUUUAAUUUAAUAUUUAAUAGUUACCUUUUUAUAACAGAAAAAUUUAUGAAAGUGUUUAUAAAAUAAACAAAAUGUUUUGAAAAGUACAAAGAUGUCCAAAUAAA